CCCUGGAGGAGCACACAGCCUGUCUCACCCUCAGCGCCAGCAUGCUGUACCUGGAGACCGGGACCGGGCCCACGGCCUACAGCGAGUCCCAGUACACCAACCUGGGGCUCCUGAACAGCAUGGACCAGAGCAUCCAGAACGGCUCCACGUCCACGAGCCCGUACGCCAGUGAGCACGCGCAGAGCGCGGCCGCGGCCGCGUCCCCGUACGCGCAGCCCAGCUCCACGUUCGACGCGCUGUCGCCGUCUCCCGCCAUCCCGUCCAACACCGACUACGCCGGCUCGCACGCCUUCGACGUGUCGUUCCAGCAGUCCAGCACCGCCAAGUCCGCCACGUGGACGUACUCCACAGACCUGAAGAAGCUGUACUGCCAGAUCGCCAAGACCUGCCCGAUCCAGAUCAAGGUCCUGACCAACCCGCCGCCGGGCGCCGUGGUGCGCGCCAUGCCGGUCUACAAGAAGGCGGAGCACGUGACGGAGGUCGUGAAGCGCUGCCCCAACCACGAGCUGAGCCGCGAGUUCAACGACGGUCAGAUCGCUCCUCCCAGUCACCUGAUCCGCGUGGAGGGAAACAACCACGCCCAGUACCUGGAGGACUCCAUCACCGGGAGGCAGAGCGUCCUGGUUCCCUAUGAGCCUCCUCAGGUCGGGACAGAGUUCACCACCAUCUUGUAUAACUUCAUGUGUAACUCCAGCUGCGUGGGAGGAAUGAACCGCCGGCCCAUCCUCAUCAUCGUCACCCUGGAGACCAGAGAGCCCCAGUACAGAACCUUGUGGAACUCCGUGGCUCACAUCAAAGGCCGUGAGAUCUAUGAGAUCCUGGUGAAGAUCAAGGAGUCUCUGGAGCUCAUGCAGUUCCUCCCUCAGCACACCAUCGAGUCGUACCGGCAGCAGCAGCAGAACCUCCUCCAGAAGCAGGCCUCCAUGCAGCCUCAGCCCCCCUACGGCUCCUGCUCGCCUCCUCACGGGAAGGUGAACAAGCUCCCGUCGGUGAGCCAGCUGAUCAACCCCCAGCAGAGGAGCUCCCUGACCCCCAUGAGCGGCCUGACCGACAUGACGCCCAUGAUGGGCGCGCACAUGGCCGACAUGAGCGCCCUGAGCCCCACUCACGCCCUGCAGCCCCCGCUGCCCCUGGUGCCCUCCUCCCACUGCACCCCCCCUCCUCCAUACCCCAUGGACAGCAGCAUCUCCAGGUACCAGCCAAUCAGAGAGGGAGAGACACUUAAAGGGCUGGCGCGUUGCAUGUAG